AUGGAACGCGUGCACCGUGUUAGUCUGAAGCGCCAGAAGCGAGACCCGUAUGGCGGUGCAUGUUGCUUAGCCGCCGAGGAGUUCUUGCGGGAAAAGGAGAUCGCCUCGAUGCAGGGCAACGACAGACAGACCGAUAACAUCAGCAAUACUCUCCUGAGGUCGGCUGGCUGCCCUCUGGUUGAGACGAAUUCCGAACGCUGCGCCCAAUUCACCAACACCAACACCACCACUACCGCCGCCACCGUUGACUGUAUGUCGACCUCCUCCGCCUAUUCCACCUCCUCUUCCAUGUCGAAGGAGCGGUCGCCUGCUGUGUGCUCGUUGUGCGGAAAGCAGUUCGCCCUGCAAUACAGUCUACGACGCCAUCUCAAAACCCACAUGCCG